GACUAGCUAGUGCCAUUUCUGUAACACUUCUUGGUGCCAUUACUAAGACACAGUGCUUUUACAGUAACGCUUCAGACAUGCAGCUGGCUCUGGUUCUGGUUCUGUGGUUUGUGGCGCUGGCCUGCUCUCUGGACCCACCUCUGACUAUCCAGUACCAAGUGUGGGAAGAGCAGCCUGCAGGCACCACGGUGGGCCGCCUCUCGGAUGACCUGCAGCAGAGGGGGGAGGGGGGCGGGGUGGAGGACUUCCGGGUGGUGGAGCAGGGUCAGGCCCUGCCCUUCGCGGUCAGUGUGAGAGACGGGACGGUGUCGACGGUGGGGCGGCUGGACCGGGAGGCGCUGUGCUGGGGGUCCAGCCUCUGCGAGAUCCUGUUCAGCGUGCUGUACAAGAGGGAGGGUGUGGUCAGCUUCCUGCGGGUGCGGGUGGAGGUGCGGGACCUGAACGACCACAGCCCCACCUUCCCCAGCGCGGAGCAGGAGCUGGAGAUCUCCGAGACCGCUACCCUGCGAAUGCGCAUCCCUCUCGACCUGGCCGAGGACCCCGACGCCGGCCCCAACGGCCUGCAGACCUACUCUCUCUCCUCCAAUCAGCACUUCGCCCUCGACGUCAAGACCCUAUCAGCCGGCGCCAAGCAGGCAGAGCUGGUGGUCAUCCGGGAGCUGGACAGGGAGGCGCAGGCCUCCUUCGAGCUGACCCUGAUGGCCUGGGACAAAGGAAACCCCCCCAAAUCAGGCAGCACACUCAUCAAGAUCAACAUCCUCGACUCUAACGAUAACAGCCCGGUGUUCGAGGAGAGCUCCCCCACCAUUGAGCUGAGUGAGGAUUCCCCCCGAGGGACCACCGUCAUCAACCUGAAGGCCACAGAUCCCGACCAGGGGGCCAAUGGUGAGGUGGAGUACUCCUUCAGCAAACACGCCCCUUUGGACGUGCAGAGGCUGUUCAGUGUGGACGUGCAGACUGGAACUGUGACCCUGACAGGGGAGCUGGACUUUGAGAAGAAGUCCUCCUACGAGAUCGACAUCCAGGCCCGUGACCUGGGUCCCAACGCCAUCCCCUCCCACUGCAAAGUGCUUGUCAAGCUGAGGGACGUUAACGACAACCCCCCCAGGAUCCACGUCACCUGGACCCCGCCCGAGUCACCCGUGGCGACCGUGCUGGAGGGCGCAGCAGACGAGACCUUCCUGGCGCUGGUGUCAGUCUCGGACGCAGACUCGGGAGAGAACGGCGCCGUCCGUGUCCACAUUCAGCAUGGCGCCGGGCACUUCCGCCUCAAGAGGAUCCACGGAGACAACUACAUGAUCGUGACCAACGGCUCGCUGGACCGUGAGCACAGGAUGGAGUACAACCUGACGCUGGUGGCGAGCGACCGCGGCGAGCCCCCCCUCACCUGCGUCACGCACCUGCCCGUGCGUGUGCUGGACGAGAACGACAACGCCCCCGUCUUCUCCCGCACGCAGUACCGCGCCGCCAUGCGCGAGAACAACCCGCCUGGCCUCCACGCCCUGCGCGUGCGGGCCCACGACGUCGACCUGGAGCUGGGGGGCAAGGUUUCCUACUCCAUCAGGGAGUCCAAUGAACUCGGCACCCCCACGGCCUUCUUCUCCAUUGACCCGGCCAGCGGAGCUGUGUCCAUCCAGCAGUCACUGGACUAUGAGGAGGAGCGCUCUUUCUCCUUCAUCGUGGAAGCCAAGGACCAGGGGCGGCCGCCUCUGUCCAGCACCACCACGGUCAUCAUCGACGUCCAGGACGUCAAUGACAACUACCCUGUGAUAGAGGAGCCGUCACCGAAGCGGGGCAAAGCCUCACUGAGUGUGCCCGUCAACGCCGAGAAGGGUGAGAUUGUGGCUGAGCUGGGGGACAGGCCGAACGGUGCGGCCAACCACUCCGCUCACGUCAGGCCAGAAGGACACCUGGCCGGCACCAUCAGAGCCAGCGAUCGAGAUUCAGGCCUGAACGGCAGGCUCCGUUUCCGGAUCGUCAGCGGAAACCCUGAUGGAUUGUUCUGGCUGGAUGAGUCCACAGGGCAACUGUAUGUGAACACCAGCAACGCCACAGACCUGAUCGGGAAAAGGUUUGAGUUUGACAUCACUGUGUCGGACAUGGGCUCGCCUGCGCUGGUCACCAAAACCACCCUGGAGGUGACCUUCAUCAACCUGCUGGACCACCUGAAGAACUCGUCACCGAGCCAGUGGGGGCAGUUCAGCCUGACCAUGAAGCUGGCCAUCUGCCUUGGAGCCACCUGCCUGCUGCUGCUCCUGGCGGUCGCCCUGGUGACCACCUUCUGUCGCCCGGAGAAACGGGACAACCACGCCUACAACUGCAGGCAGGCAGAGUCCAGCUACACCCGCCACCCCCGCCGGCCACAGAAGCACAUUCAGAAGGCGGAUAUCCAGCUGGUGCCGGUGCUGCGUGGGAGGAGGGAGGGGCCGCUGGAGGGCGAGGCCUUGCCCCGUCCCGACACGCCCCUGCAGCAGGAGGAGCCCCACCUGUCCCCGCUGCUCGGCCGGGCCGUCCGGAACCAGGACCCUCCGGAGGAGCAGCCUGUCCCGCCGCUGGGCCCGAGCAGGACGCUGCAGAAACCCGGCAGCGUGGAGCUGAGCGGGACGCUCCCGCGCACCCCCGCCACACCCUACCGCUCCCUGCGGAGGGCCCGUAACUCCUCCUCCUCGCUGUCGCAGACCGGCACACUGAGACGCCACGGCAGCCGCGAGACGCAGCUGUGUCCCGACGAUGGCACCGACCCACCCCCCGGCUCCCCCCCCUGCCACACCCUGCGCAGGAAGAGGAACGGCGAGGGGGACGAACACCGCCAAAUCCUCCACAACCUGGUGCGGCUGUCCAUGGCCGCGCUCGGAGAGAACUGCCCCAUUGAGCUGUCCGCCGCCUCCCCGGAGGUGCAGCAGGUCUCCCAGCUGCUCUCCCUCCUGCACCAGGGUCAGCUCCAGCCCAGACCCAACUUCCGAGGAAACAAGUACUCCCACCGAGCCGGCCGGUCUGGGCCACAGGAUGCUGAUUGGCUGAGCACCAAGGACAGUGGCCACGGCGAGAGCGAGGCAGGAGAUGUGGACUGGGACACGGGCCGAGACUCCCCCGUCGACCCUCUGCUGGAGGAGGGCCUGAGCAACUUGCUCACCAACACAGAUGACGUGUUUGCGGACGUCCCGGAUCCGGAGUGGAUGGCCCGCCUGUCCCUCCCACUCGCCACCGAUUACCAUGACAACGUGUUUGUCCCUGGGCCACCAUCCCAGGACGGCCGCUGCCUGCCCACGGGGAGCCCUGCGGACAGCACCUGCUUCUCCACGUUUGGGAAGAGUCCGGAGAAGGGCAGUCCGCUGCCCGGCACCCUGCUGUCCGAGGUCAGCACGCUGUUCGAGAUGCUGCUCACCCAGAAGGCUGACGCCCAGCCCCGAACCUCUGCAGAAGUGCUGUACCGCCUCUCUGCGGCCUAUCGCCGCUCCAUGGGGCUGGACGGGCCACCAGCAGGGGGUGCCAGCCCUUCCAGGCUCUCUGGAAGUGAGAAGAGAUCCCCCAUUAUGCCCUGCUCAGUCCCAGACACACUGACCCAGCAUCUGUUCUGAGGGGCUGAGGAGACAGAGGCUGGACUGGACCUCCCCAACAGUCCUCCAUUUUGUUCGAUAUUCACUCUGCUCUCAUUGGCUGGUUAUCACAUGACCUUUUUUAAAUGUCCCUCUGGCAGCUGAGUGAUUGUGAACUCUUUGACCUCAUUCUGGGCAGGAACCCACAUCCCCAAAUCCCCACUCCAGGACUGGUCGAACAGUCACCUGAUUUGUCCUGUCUGGAACAGGACAGCGUCAAAGUGAGGAAUAAUU